AUGGCGCGCUGGAACGUGGCAGGACAGCUGGCAGCCCUGUUGGCCGCCCUAGAGACACAAGAUUUUGCCCAGGCCGACGCUGCGGCCGUGCGUUUUGCCGCAGCGCUGCGCCGCUCCCCAGAAGGCGUGCAGUCGAUCAGCGCCGCCGCUUUUGACAAGCUGCUGUGCUACCUCAGCAGCCCGGUGUCCAAGAGGGCCUACCAAGUGGCCGCGUGCGCCACAUCUGCCUGCUUGGUGGCGGAGGGUGAUGAUGAAAGCCGGUUUGCUACGCAGAUCUGCCGCGCCGCCGGGUGCGCCGCCGCCCUUGUGCGCGGGAUCACCAGCCACAACGCGGCGCUGCGGUUGCGCAUUAUGCUGGCGCUGCCGUGCGUGUUUCCGGCCAUGCUGCACACCUUUUCAGAGCAGGAGCAGAUCCGAUUCGACACAGCCAUAGCCGAGGCGCCCGGCGUACCCGCCACAGUGGGCCGGCUGCUGGGCGGCAGCGAGGAGGCCGAGCGCAGCCUCGCAACCGGCCUGCUAUUGAAGAUGCUGAAUGCGGCGCCGCCCGCCGCCGCCGCCGCCGCCGCCGAGGUCGUGCGCCAGCCGGGGGCGCUGCCCGGCCUGAUCGCGGCUGCAGGCAAUGACAUGUUCGCGAUGGUCGCGCUCAACACCUGGCAGGAACUCAUACCGGCCGGCGUGGCGAGAGAGGACCUGGCGCGGGGCGUCGCCGAGGCGGGGGCUCGCGGGGCACUGACGCGCGUCGCUGGCGCGGCAGAGCGGCUGUUUUCCCGCAACCCCGCGAACGACGAUCUCUUUUUGGUGAUGGCCGGCGGCCUCACCGCGCUGUGCCUUCACGAGCCCGCCGCCGCGGCGGUCGCCGCGAACGCAGGGGUGGUGAGCGCGAUGAGGGGCGCGCUGCGCAGCGGCACCCGCGCCGCGGCCGCGCUGAGGCUGCUGCUUGCGCUCAAGGGCCCGUGGAGGGCGGCGCCGCGCCGCGUAGGAGGUGACCCCUGCGGCAGCGGCGGCGGCGGCGGCGCGGAGGGCGACGGCGGUGGCGGAAGCCUGGGCGACCCUCGGCUUUUGGCCGAGGUCGUGCGCGCCGCUGCGUCAGCGGACCUGGAUGUGUGCCUGCUCGCCUUCCGGCUCAUAUGGGACGGCGAUGACGUCUGGUCGGUCCCCCUGAUGGCUCCUGUCGCGGUCUCGGCGCUGCGCAAACUGAAUUGGGAACUCACAGAGUGA